AUGCAGGAGGAUGGCAGUGACGGCACUCCUUCCCAUCACCUUGAGGCCAAACUGGAGCUUCGAAGUCAGCUCGAGGAGGCAACCUCCACCACCACCGCAGCACCGCUGAGUUUGACGGAUCCACAGCCGUUUUCAUGCAGUGCUGGCAGUGCGGAUGCAGCAACCACCGUAAACUUGGAUGGCUCGAAGACUCUGUCUCCUUCACCGCGCUCUCGACCGCCGGAGGCUGUGCAGCGCGAAGAAGAGCUCAAAGAGACCUUCCGCAGGGCAGCUGAGAGAAGCAGCUGGAAUCCCGACUAUCAGUCAGACGAGAGCUGGAACGGACGCCACCAUCUGUCAUAUUGCAAUGAUGAAAUGAGUCAGAACUGCAGAUGUUACUUUGACCGAUGGUUGGAUCACAAGGAACUGUUGCCGCAGGAUGCCAUCCAGGUCCAAAAGCCAACAUGGCGACUAGAACCAGAUGGUGUCAGCCCUGCACAGCGCAGGGUGGAGAGGCAAGCAACAUGCAUCUACUCUGUAACUGGGCCUGGCCUACGGGCACCUGUGCCGUCUGCGCAGCCGGUGGAUUCGGAGGCAGCCGGGCUUUCAAAGGAGAACGUCCUCAAAAGACGUGCCAUGCGGGUGUCGCGCGAAAAGCCGUGGGAACUGGCACCGCCACCUUUCUUUCUCUCGCAAAGGCGUGCAAUGUCCCGGAGCUCAUCGGAUUGUGGAAAAGUGUCUGCAGGGACGCAGACCGAGCUAUUCGGAAAGGAGCUGCCGAACUGGAUGAAAGAACAGGCCUGGGAUAGCCACCAUCACGCCACUUGGAGCAACUUCCAGAACCUCCAGGGCGCGAUCUUGAAUCCAGCACCAGUGCGGUCGUAUUUCGAUCGCCCGCGUGAGCCUGAUGUCGGGGCACGAAGUGCUGAAAAGAAGCCUUUGGAUCCCAAGGAGGGUGCUGUGCGUAUUUUGCCACUCUACCGGCUCGAACCGUUACCAGGAAUCGACCACGUGGAAAUCCCAGAGCGGGGCCUGUGGCCACGAUUUGAGCCCCUUGAAUCCCGAUCAGGGGUGCCCUUGCAGAAGCGUCCCGAGAUCCUUGGCAUCAGGCAUGAUGCGUCACCAGAGUUCAAGCACAAGUCGACGUGGAGCUGCCCGUCCCUGCUCACAACAUCUCCGAAUCCAGAGUUGGUCGAGAAGCAGCAGAGCUGGAAUACCCGACACCAGAUAACUUUCCAGAACGAGGAGGUGUCGAGGCUCGACCGUUCCUACUUUGACCGAUUCCGAGAACAUCAUGAGCUUCGCGCCCCGGAUUCGCCCCGCCACGCAGACUGUUCUGUCUGGAGUCUUGGUAAGGACGUCUCGACCAAGGAGUCCACGAGGACGAUCUUGAGCAACAGCGAAGAGCGCUUCCGCAACGAUGGCAAGUGGAUGCAUCGCCACCAGCUUGCUUUCGACAACAAUGGUGGAAGGAUGCCUGUCCAACGAAAUCUGCGAUGUUACUUCGAUCGCUGGCGUGAUUUUCCCUCGGAGGCCAACCCGGAUCCUGAAGAUAUCCUACCCGAGGAUCCACGCCGUGGAACUUUCACUUUCAUGACUGAGUCAUCGAGAGGGAAACGACGCUGCAAGCUGAAGCAUUCGCCGGAAGCCGGCAACUUGAAGGUGGAUGUAUGGAGCCUGGUCGAGAAGCCAUCCAAGGAGAAGGUGCCCAGAGUAGAAGAGACCUUCCGAGGCUGCAAUUCCGCACAGGACGACAAGCGGCGGUCAAAGUGGCUAGCCAACCAUCAUGUGGUGCACCUCGGCGUAUGUUUUGACCCGCUCGUCUACGCAUGUGGGGUGUCAGGAUACCUGAACAAUCGUGGCGUGCUGCAGAACAGACGUCCCUGCAACCAAGAUGGAAACUUUCUCUGCCGGCUGCCAACUCUUGGCUCAGCACCAGUGCUUCCUAAGCGCAUAGGAAACCAGGACUUGGAGAAAAUGACAUCGACGACUCGUUUGCAAGCCGCCGAAGUGAAGGCGCUUUAUGCCCGCUUUCGGCGGCUGGCCCCGUCAGGCUAUUUGCUUCAGCAGCAGUUUCAACAAACCAUGGGCGUCAUGGGACUCACAGACGACCAUUUUCUCGUCGAUCGGAUGUUCCAGGUGUUCGACACUGAUCACGACGGCAAGCUGAGUUUUAUAGAGUUUGCCUCUGCGCUUGCCAUUAUGAUCCGUGGCACCGAGGAUGACAAGCUCGCGUUCAGCUUCAAGAUCGUGGGCGGCAAAGAGGCAUCCGGCGUGCGGCUGGAGGACUUCCAACAGCUGGUGGCGUCCUACAACCGGAUGAUGUCAUCACUCGUGGCGCCGACUGGGCGGCUGACGUCCGAUGAGGAUGUGAAGCGCUUGUUUCAUGAGCUUGCAUCGACACGAGAUGGAACCGAGGAGGAAGUCAUCAGCUUGGAUGCGUACAAGGCGGCUGCACAGGAGAAUGGCGACUUCCUGUCAUGCCUUGGGCUUGAGCAGCCCUUGGCCAUGUUUCCGCCGGCGGAGCCUGUAAAGCCUCCCAGCUUCCGCAAGCCGGCGCACAGCGUUGAGGAUGAAUCCGGAUCUGCAAACUGCUUUGUGGGCUUGACAGAGUGGACCGAGGCAGGAGAGGAGACCUUGCACUCGGGGGAGGAGGGGGAGGACGGGGAAGACGGAGAAGACGGGGAUGAGGAGGAUAUGGACGGAAACGAGUACAGCUGGUCCAGCUGGAAAACAGAGCAGACCAGUGAGGAUGACAGUCGUGGUACUUGGAAGUGGUCGGAGCACUGGAAGCAGGAGAGCCAAAACUACGAAGAGCAGCGGCCGGAGAAGAAGCGCAGGAGAAGCUGGUCCGUGCGUGAGGAAGAAACAACUACAACCCAUUGGUCCAACUGGCAAAAGGAGGAGCAGCUGGAGCGGGAGCAAAGCUGGAGGAGAGACGACAAAAGUGAUUGGCAUGGUCAGGAUAAUGAGCCACGGGUCUCGGAAGCACGUGGCCAGGAGACAUCUGAAUUCUGUUCCCCUGAAGGCUAUCAGCUGAUAUACGUAUCCAAGGUACAGGCGAAACUGAUGUUGACAAUGCCUGGAUUUACUAACUAUCAUAUUUCUCGUGUAAUUGGGAAGAAGGGCAGUGUCCUCAGGGACAUGGGGCUCACAACAGGAACAAAGGUAUUCCUCUGUGGACGUGAGUCGAACAGGCCAACUGACGAGGACAACCACCUCCUCGUCACUGGCAGAACCAGUGCGGAUCUGGAGAGAGGCCUGCUGAAGGCUUGCGCGACAGUCGCGGAAGUUUUGAACACUGAGUUUCCAAUUUGUACACAUUGCGGAGGUGAUCACAAAAGCAGGGACUGCCAAAAGAUGCGACUGCCCUGUGUCCAUGACUUCUAUCUUGAGCCAUGCACGAACGUUGGCUUCAUCAUAGGGGCCCAGGGUCGAAAUGUUCAGCCGAUCAUAGAUGCCACAGGAGCCAACAUCAGAAUGCUGGGUGUGGGUUCCGGAGAGUACAAGGCAAUAGAGCCCCUGCAUAUGCGCAUCGAGGCUGCGACCCAGCAUCUGCUAGACCAGGCUGUCGCUAUGGCAGAGGAGUUGAUCCGAAGGGUGACGCAUUGGUCGCCCUAUGACAAGGAUCCACCUCCGGGAAAGGUAUUUGAGUGCCAGCACAAGAUUUGGCUAGACAUGGAAGCCGACAGGCAAGGCUAUGAUAGCCUGAAUGCCCACCUCCUCGGCAAGGGUGGUCAGAACUUUCGUCAGAUUCAUGAAAGAACAGGUGCCUGGCUUUGGCUGCGAGGGCAUGGUGCCGGUCACACUUCGUGCCUGGACCCGCUUGCCAAGAGGGAAGGCCUCCACCUCCUCAUCGAGCACGAUGACAAGGAGAGGGCCCAUCAGGCUGUUGAGAUGGCCACUGGGCUGCUGGACACCGUCUUGGCAAGACUUGGCUCGACCUACUGCAACAUUUGUGGUGGCCCUCACUUUACGUAUCGAUGUUUGAAGGCGAACAGCAUGGGGUACUUGAACGAGAUGGCAGCCAAGGGGGCCAAGGGAUCAGGAAAAGCGCGGCACCGGAGCAUGUCCUGA